AUGUAUAAGACCUUCAAUUCCAUUCGUUCAAUAUUGUUUCUUCUUUGCCUAGCAUGGCACACGUUCGCUAAAGAAAUUAAUGGAGUUUCAUUUUCUGGUCUAAAAUUCACUCCUUUGAGUUCUUUACACUAUCCCCAUCAAGGUUGGUCUGCUUCAUUUGAUUUCGAAAUCGAGAAUGGAUCUUCCGUAUCUAAAGGCGAUUACUUUACUCUCAAUUUCCCCACUGUGUAUCGUAUUAAAUUUGACGAUAACAAAUUGACCACCAAUGCUACUUUACAAGACGGUUCAGAAGCAUUUGAAUGUUUUGCCGCGCAACAGGCCGCCUAUAAAAAUGAGGAUACUGUUUUCAAAUGUGUAGCCAUUCAGGGCCUAAGCUCAUAUUCCUCAUUAUCAGGAUCUCUUUCUUUUGGCUUAAGCUUUAGCAGUGGUGGUUCUUCUUAUGAGUAUGAAAUGCAAAAUGCAGAUAAAUUCCAUAGCGGCACUAUGCAAGUUUCACUCGCAGAUCAACUUUCUGCUUCAGUAGAGUUUGACUCCGCAAAUUUCACCAAAGAUAUCUAUACCAUUGGACGUAGCACUACUUUUAAUAGCUUAGAAAGUUAUUAUCUUGGUAUGAGCUGUCCCAAUGGAUAUUUGCUAGGUGGUACUCAAACGAUCAAUUACGAUAGAGAAAACAAGGGGUAUGAUCUGGAUUGUUCAUCGGUUCAAGUAUAUUUAUCUGAUCAGUUCAAUGAUUGGUCGCUGCCCCUAAAAGGUGACAACGCAAAUGCUAAAGUAGAUUGUUCUGAUGACACUUUGAAAGUAAAUAUGAACGAGGCCAAGCCGAAUCAGAAGCUUUGGAUAAAUGCCCUGCAAGAUGUUUCUGCCGGUGUCAAUACUAUUCAACACGAGGUGCAUUUACAAUACUCUUGUUCUGAUACGGAACAGAAAACCACAUAUAGUACCCAGUUUAGUACCGUGGUUGAAUAUACAAUUUAUCAGGCUAGCGAUUCGGGUACUUUGUCCGGUCUAACUGCGACUUCAGCCUCUAGUUCGUCGCCGGUAGUUACAACCCCAACAAUUACGUCCACGAUAACUACUGGCUGGACUGGAACUUAUAAUACCACGUACUCUACCGGCUCAACAGAAUUGAGCGGUAGCGGCGAUGUUCCCACAGAAGAGAUUAUUUACUAUGUGGAAACGCCUUCGGAGAGUAGCGUUCCUCAGACUACCACUACUACUACCACUACCGGCUGGACUGGGACUUAUACCACAACAUAUUCUACUGGCUCAACAGAACUGAGCGGUAGCACUGGUGCACCAACAGAAGAGAUUAUUUACUAUGUGGAAACGCCUUCGGAGAGUAGCGUUCCUCAGACUACCACUACUACUACCACUACCGGCUGGACUGGGACUUAUACCACAACAUAUUCUACUGGCUCAACAGAACUGAGCGGUAGCACUGGCGCACCAACAGAAGAGAUUAUUUACUAUGUGGAAACACCUUCGGAGACUGUCACCCCUCAGACUACUACUACCACCACUACCAAUAUUUGGUCAGGUUCCUACACAACAACGUACUCCACUGAAUCUACUAGCCUAUAUUUCAGCACUGGAGUACCCAUGGAAGAGGUAAUUAUAUAUGUCGAGACACCGGAAUCUAAGGUUGCCCCCUCUUCUUCCACUCCACAAAGUAAAACAACUGUCACGAGUACCACGACGACCGGUUGGACCGGAAAGUACAACUCCACUUAUUCCACUGCUUCCACUAUUCUAGUUGGUAGUACUGGAAUUCCAACAGAGGAAAUUAUCUAUUAUUUUGAGACGCCAGAAACUCAAUUAUUCAAUACAAGUUCAACACCAGCCCCAUCGUCAAGUACAACUAUAGGAAUAGUCACAACUACUACCACAACCACCACUGGAUGGACAGGUACAUACACUACCACCUAUCUCACUGCGUCAACAAGCCUCGGCGGCAACACUGGGACUUUGACAGAAGAGAUAAUUUAUUACGUGGAGACUCCAAAUACAACAGUAUUCCCUCCUCCCUCUACUUCCGUUACAUCUAAAGCUAAUAUAACUUCCUCAACAUCACAGAUAUCAUCCACAUCAUGGUCUUCCAAGGUGAAUUUGACGUCAUCGACCCCUCACCUUGUGACUUUAUCAACCACAGAUUUAAAUUCCACGUACCUCACCACUUGCGAUUGUUCUGAGUCCGUCCCAACCAUCAACUGGUCCUCUUCGAGUACUUCCAAUACUAUCACUUCGGUGCCGCCGUCGGAAACAAGUUACGUUCCGCAAUCUUCCUCGGCUAGCGUUUCGAAAUCCAGUCUCAACAUUACCAGCACUUCUUCGCCAUCAGCAUCCAUUCAGUCCAUUAGCACCUUACCUUCACCAACUUCCUCUGAUGUUUUCAACUCUACAAUCUCACCAUCUCUCCCAGUGUCGUCUUUCAGUACUUUAAGUACCUCGAGUGCUCAGAAUUCCAUUAAUUCUACACAUGUGACGACGACAACUCCAACUGCUGAAACAUUUUUUAGCACAACCGCCAACUCUACCGGCUCAAAUUACCUCACCUCUUCAAGGCCUAUCAGCACGUCUUCGGUUGAAACCACCAGCGUUACAAACUCUACGAGUGUGCCCCCUGCCAUUACUUCGAAUCCUAUUAUCACCAGUCCUUGGGUCACUGCAACGGCUACCACAUUACAAUCAAGAACAGAGGCUUCUUCCACGAGUGUCGGCAAUUUUUCUAGUACUACCAGUGCUGCAACAUUGACUCCAACAACUGAAGCCUCUUCUACAAUUAUCGCCGAUUCAUCGACAACGCCUGUCACUUCUGUGGCAAUCCCAUCUUCUACUUCAGCAACACUUUCUACAGACUCCGCAACGACAUCCACAAGUCCCAUAAUCCCAAUAGCAGCUUCCUCUUCAUCGAGUUCAAGCUCUUCUUCAGCACCUUCCUCCGGUUUUUCGUCUGCCGCCGCGGUUUCCACUACUCCGUCUCCCAGUUCCUCUGGGGGCCGUUUCUCUCUGGGAUUGUCGUUGGAUCAGGGCUCAAUUGCACAGAUACCAAUUGCUCAGUCAUCAACACCUUGCUCCACUUCCACUAAAAUUUCCACUGCUACAGUAACUGUUACCAAGAAUUCCACAACUACAAAGCAUGUUACAGCCCCUGUAACACAUACCGUUACUCAGAAAGUUAGCGACUGCCAUUGCCCAGUAGAAUCUCAUCAGUCCUCAUUGGAACCAUAUUUUAAUAAUAACUCUUCGGAUACAGGCCCUAGCAUAGCUCCCUAUAGUGGUCAAGGAUUAGUCCUAAAGAGGGGCAACAGUAUUACAGCUCUCAUAGGCGUGCUGUUAUUCAUACUUUAA